CACCAGCUGAGACAUGGGGAAGUUUUGUUGUGACAAGAUUAUCUCGCUUGUAUGAAGAAGUUUGUGCCUGUCACAUGAUAUGGGCGCACUGAAUAUCAUUCUGGUAGCUGGCCUGCUUCCAGGCUUGGCACUUGGAAGUUAUAUUAUUAGGUUAGAUCCAACUAAAGAGAGAAAACCGCUGAAACAUUUCUGGGAGAGCACAGGAUUAUGUCCUCCUUUACCACAUAACUCAUCAGAAGCAUAUUUUUUGGGGAAAGACCAAAGACUGAACCUGGCAUAUAUAUCUUCAGUCCCUAAUGGUGGCAUCAAGCAAGUCAGAAUUCACUGGUUACUGGACCUAAUUACACUUAAAGGCAAUGUUGUCAAUGAAAUUCCUCAAUAUAACUUCACAAAGCUGGAUGAGCUCAUGGAUCUUCUGAUGGAGAAUGACUUGGUGCCAGGCUUUGAGUUAAUGGGAAAUCCAUCUGGAUAUUUUACCGAUUUUGAAGAUAAAGUCCAAGUGAAAGAAUGGCGAUAUCUAAUCUACUCAAUUGCAAAGAGGUACAUAGAAAAAUACGGUUUAUCUCAUGUCUCAUCAUGGAACUUUGAAACUUGGAACGAACCAGACCAUCAUGAUUUUGACAAUGUGUCUGUCACAGUGACAGGUUUUCAGAAUUACUAUGAUGCCUGCUCAGAGGGUCUUAAACAAGCAAGUCCACUUCUAAAAUUUGGGGGACCUGGGGAUUCAUGCAGACCAAGGGCACCUAUCUGUUGGGGUCUUCUGAGCCACUGCUUUAAUGGGACUAAUUUUUUCACUCAAGAAACAGGUGUUAGACUUGACUAUAUUGCCCUACAUAAAAAGGGAGGCGGAAGUUCAUUGCACAUUUUGGAGCAAGAAAUCGACACUGUUUCAGAAAUUCAAAGACUCUUUCCGAAGUUCAAGUCAGUCCCUAUAUACAAUGAUGAAGCAGACCCACUGGUUGGCUGGUCGACGCCACAGUCGUGGAGGGGUGAUGUCACAUAUGGUGCCAUGGUGGUUAAGGUAAUAGAUGAACAUAUAGACUACAUGCUGUCAAAUGAAAGCCAAGCAAUGAACUACAGCUUACUAAGUAAUGAUAAUGCCUUCAUGAACUAUUACCCUCACUACUUUACUCAGAGGACACUGACAGCAAGAUUCCAGAUGAACAACACUAAGCCCCCACAUGUCCAGAUGGUGAGGAAACCGGUGCUAACUGUAAUGGGCUUGCUGGCAUUAUUAGGUGAAGUACAUAUUUCUGCACAAAUAUAUCUUGAUAGUGAUAUGUCCAUCAACAACAGUAUCAUUGGAGUCAUAGCAAGCACACACAAUCCUGAAAGAGGCAUUCAGUCUGACAGUUGGCAGUCAACCAUACUCCUUUACGCAUCUGAUGAUAACAAAACAUCUACAGAUAUACAGUUUUUAACAUUAAAUUUUACAAAUUUCCCUAAUUCAAAAGAUCUUGUGUAUGUAACAUAUUAUAUUGAUAACACAUUAACAAACCCAUUUUCGGAAUAUCAAAAGGUUGGGAGUCCAGACUUUCCAACUAUUAAAGAAUUUAAACAAAUGCAUGAUGCAGAGGAUCCAAUUAUGGAUGGGCCGACCACAUUCCCAAAAGAGGGAGAUAUGAUUUUGAAAGUAAAACUUCCAGUUCCUUCUGUGCUUCUUAUUCACAUAUGUGAAAAACCUAAUUCUCCACCUGGAACAGUUACCCAUGUUCGUAUUAUUCCUCUUUUUAGAGGGCAGGUAUCAGUUGUUUGGAGUGAUGAACAGGUAUUAUCCAGAUGUUUGAAAACAUAUGAAGUGGAAUUUUCAUUUGAUGGGGUAACCUUUAGCCAGAUAAAUACAAGACAAAUUAUUUUCACUUUGUUUACAUAUAGCCCAGACACUGCCAUAGUAUCUGGAUACUACAGAGUCCGUGCUGUCAACUUCUGGAACAUACCAGGACCCUACAGUGUUCCAGUGAUGUACUGAGAAUUAUUUUGGAAGCAUCCAUAAUCAUGGGGCCUGUUCAUUUAAGUAUUC